CCAUUUGUGCGCGAUAACAAAUGGAUACAUUAGGGAAGUUAAAACUAUUUAAUUGGCAGCUUAUUGACAGAAAAACAGACCACAGUCAUUGUUGUCAUUCAUUCAUCAGCAGGUGUGAAAGGAUCUUAGAUCAUCUACCUCAGGAAAAGUAGCUGUACCACCGUGUAGAACUACCCUGUUACAAGUUAAAGUCAUGCAUUCAAGUAAAAGUGCAUGGAUUAAAACGUACCAAAAGUAAAAUUAAUCAUUAUACAGAAUCUAUAUAUUGUAUAGUAUGAUACUUAUUGAUGCAUUUAUGUGUUUACUUUAAUGUUGCAGCUGCUAAAUGUGGGGCUGAUUUAGGUUGCUUUAUGUUUGAAACAUGUUUGUAAAUGGGCAGUGAUGUCCUCUUAAUGUGUAAAGUACACAAGAAAUGUGUCGUUUUAAUUUGUCACUCUUCUGUAGAAUGCUGCCACAAAACUUUUUGUUGUUGCUGUAUAUAGCACAACAACAUCUCAUUUAAAGCUUUUGGAUCCUUUCACGUCAGCUGUUCCUCUGCUUUGUCAGCCAUGAGUGACAGUGACGACGACGUCCCGGCACUGUCCGCUCACACCCUGGCCGCCCUGCAGGAGUUUUACAAUGAGACCGAGGCUCAGAGCAAACCGUCAGACCAGUUCGCUGUGGGAGCAGUGGAGGAGGACUGGCGGAUGAGUCAGUUCUGGUACAGUGACGAGACGGCGACUCAGUUAGCAGAGGAGGUUGUACGUGAAGCUGGAGAGGGAGGCAGGAUAGCUUGUGUGAGCGCGCCCAGUGUGUACCAGAAGCUGAAGCAGGGCGUGGUGGAAGGCUCAGACCGGGUGUCCGCCAUCGUGUUGGAGUACGACCACCGAUUCGCCUCCUACGGCGACGACUUCAUCUUCUACGACUACAACGAGCCGCUGUCUCUCGCGGCCAACGUGUCUCCUCAGAGCUUCGACAUCGUCCUCGCAGACCCACCGUACCUGUCCGAGGAGUGUCUGAGCAAAGUGGCCGAAACUGUCAAGUACCUGAGCAAAGGCAAAGUGCUGCUGUGUACAGGAGCAAUCAUGGACAAACACGCUAAAGAACUUCUGGAUGUAAAAAUGUGCAGCUUCCUGCCGAAACACAACAGAAACUUGUCCAAUGAGUUCCGCUGUUUUGUGAACUAUCCGUCUCGUCUGCUGUGCUCGACCUGCUGAACCUCUACUGAGAGCAGAAAGACACAGACAUUCACCAGCAGCAGCGGUUCUGUACUGAUGAGGAACAAAGGAACCAUCAAGUUACUACUACAAGCGAACUUUGGCUUGCGAAAAAACAAGUCUCAAGACUCAGAGACAGCUUGUUGAUGAACAAAUAUUUGGUAACUUGCUGGAUUUUAUAUGAAAACAAUUAAUGAAACUGAAUGAAUUUACUUAAAUUUUGGUUAAUCGAUUCAGUUGGUAAAAAAGCAAAUACUAAAUAUAGUGGUUUCCGCUUCUCCAAUGUGUUUCAUUAAAUUUCUAAUUGAAUAUA